AUGGAACCUGAAUUCUCUCUCAACAGGGAUGAUGAUCUCUGCAAUGAAUCAGCAAAUGUAUCUGGUAUAACAACAGUUAUCAGUUCAUAUUUAUUAUGUAUUUGUGUUGGUUUUUUAUCUGUUCUUAUCAUGUGUGGAAAUCUUCUUGUAAUCGUCUCCAUCAUUUACUUCAAACAGCUCCACACUCCUACAAACUACCUCAUCCUCUCUCUGGCUGUGGCUGACCUGCUUGUUGGGGUUGUAGUUUUGCCUUUUAGCACAAUUCUGGUUGUAACUUCAUGUUGGUAUCUAAAAGAUUUACUCUACAGAUAUUACGCGGUGUGUCAGCCUCUGAGCUACAGAACUAAAAUGAAUGUUCGUGUUAUUGUUGUCAUGAUCCUGUUGAGCUGGACUGUUUCUCCACUAGGAGUUGUCAUCAACUCAAGAAUCAAGCCAGAGCAAUCAAAUGGGUGUGUUUUAUUUCAACAAACAAGAACAGCAAUUAUUGGAAUUUUUUUUGCUUUUUACCUCCCAGCUAUUAUAAUGUUCUCCAUCUAUGUAAAGAUUUUCAUUGUGGCACAGAGACAGGUACGCAGCAUCCAGAACACAACCUGUAAGAGCAAAAAGUCUGGAGCAGCUGUCAGUAAGAGUGAGAGAAAGGCCACCAAGACUCUGGCUAUUGUUAUGGGAGUAUUCCUCAUCUGUUGGACUCCUUUUUUCCUUUGUAUCACUUUUUACCCUUUGAGUAAUUACACAAUACCAGUUCCUUUGAUUGAAACAUUUAAAUGGCUUGGAUGGUCAAACUCGAUGUUCAAUCCAUUGGUCUAUGGUUUCUUUUACCGCUGGUUUCGAUCAUCUUUGAGAAUGAUAAUUUCUGGGAAGAUAUUUCAAGGUGAUUUUACUAAUUCUAAGCUCUUUUGA